GCUCUCUCUAUAAAAUGGAACCCUCCAUCCUCCCCCUGUCAAUCGUGCAAACCCACUCAAAGGACAUUGCUAGCUACCUCCAUCGUUUCAUACAUACGCUGGUUGCCUGCUUCACUCCGGUCUCUGCCAUGGCGUCCCGUUCCGCUCUGAUCGCGCUGCUCGUCGCCGUGAGCUGCGUCGCGGCGGCCUCCGCGGACACGUCGUUCACCGUCGGUGAUGGGCAGGGGUGGACGCUCGGCGUCGACUACAACGGCUGGACCAGUGGCAAGACCUUCUCACCCAACGACAAGCUAGUCUUCAACUUCGCCACCGGGUCGCACACGGUGGCCGAGGUCACCAAGAGCGACUACGACACCUGCUCCUCCAGCAACGCCGCCAACACCCUGACCACCGGCCCGGCCACCGUCAUCCUCACCCCUGGCACCCACUACUACAUCUGCACCAUCGGCACCCACUGCUCCGGCGGCAUGAAGCUCGCCGUCACCGUGGGCUCCGGCUCCGGCUCCCCCGCGACGCCCAGCACCCCUGGGACGCCCAGCACCCCCGGGACGCCCAGCACCCCUACCCCCACCACCCCCACCCCGACCGGCUCGUCCGCGCGCCUGCAGGCCGCAGGCCCCGCCCUCGCCGUGGCCGCCGGCGUCCUCGUCAAGCUUGCCCUGUUCUGAUCGUGGCCAGGAUAGAGGUAGUGCAGGAUCCUUGAGCGUUUUCUGGCGGCCGGCCGGCAUGUACGAACGUUUCCACGGUAGAGUGGUUGGUUUCUUGGUUUCAUGAUGUUUUUAUCGAUAUGCCUUAUUGUUUCGCGUGUGCUCUUUGCGACUUUGCCAGUGUAGCAGUUGGUGUCUUGUAAUAUCUUUAUUUUUCUUUCCAUGGAUAUAUUUGUAUGACUUAGCUGUGACACAGUCAUUUCUAAAUUACCAUAUCAUCCUUGUUAGGUGCUA